AUGAUGGCACGUCGUGACCCCAAAAGUGGGGCAAACAGACUCGUGAGAGCCCAGACCCUCCAGAAGCAGCAGAGGGCCCCAGUUGGGCCAAGGGUCAAGUGCAAAAACUGCUUGGCCUUUGGCCACACGGACAGAAAUACCAUGUGCCCUAUGAAGUGCUGGAAAGAAGCCCUGAUUCCCCAGACCUUUGGGAAGAAGGAAGGGAAGGAAAACCUGAAACCACUGAAGCCCCAGGUUCAAGGGAACCCGGGGCCCUUGAACAAGGAAAAGAGAGAGAAGGAAGAGAGACCAAGGCAACAAGACCCGCAGAGGAAGGCUCUCCUCCAGAUCUUUUCCGGGAAACCUCUGGAGCAGCCGCUGCCAAAUCGAAAAGAAUCCGUGGAAUCUGGUGAUUAUCUGAGGGUUGCAACCAGGCCAAUGCCAGUCCCCACAAGCAAUAAGAGGCGACGUGUAGACCCUGCCCUCACUGAUGGCUCAGCUACCAAAAUGUCUGACACGGUAUCCGUCUUGGCUUCACUGACAACUCCCUCAUUCCCCUCACCUGAAAAGCCGGGAGUCUUCCUGUGA